GACAUGAUCAGGACUUGCUAACUUCCAGGGGGGUGUAAUAGAGCGCCAAUCAUGCAUUCCGCGCUGCAGCGGGAGCUAGGAGUGCUUGCUGUAGCUAGGCGCCUGAAACCCAAUCCACUUUCUAGAGAGACACCCAUUCCGAUCUUGGGAUGAGGGUCCGUACAGAAGGCUUUGCAGCGCUGAAAGUCGUCACUAUUCUACUAUCAUGGAGUUUUGUAUUUGCUCGAAAGCUGGAAUUAGCCACACAUCACCACCAUCCUCACCCUGCAGGUGCACCAGGGCAGAAAAAGCUGUGCGUGAGGCAGAAGGUGUACAGGAUCGACGACAACGUCGUUCCGGACGAAGAGAGAGGCUGGCUGGUCGCGGAUGACUUUUACAAGAUCAUGAAGGAGAUGGAUGAAACGCUCCAUCCCUACGUGAUGGUGCAAAUCGAUGGCGUCCCUUGCAGUGGCAGAGGAUGCUGUCAGGGUACUAUGAUGCUGCGCCCAAAGGGCUCAGACGCAGACAUUCUGGUGCACAUGAUUGACGAGUACAGCGAGUUUCUGGCAAGCCUUACCUGGACGCCCACCACUAUCCUGGAAGGCGGCGGCAACAUGGGAGUAGCAACAAUGCUACUGGCGCACAUGUAUCCGGUGGCCACCAUUGUGACACUCGAGCCAGAGCCCGGCAACUGCUGGCUGCUGCAAGUCAACACCCGGGCUUUUCCCAAUGUGAACGUUGAGUGCACCGGCCUCUGGGAUAAGGAUGCAAACCUCAAGAUUGUGCCUUCGGAUGACAACCUUGAUUGGGGUUGGAGGACUCUUGAGGUUGUGCAGCCCUCAGCUGACACCAUUACAGCUGCAAGCGUGCCAAGUCUGAUGAGGAAGUAUGGGUUGGCGGGGGGAUUCGACUAUGCAAAGCUGGAUAUUGAGGGGGCGGAGUGGAAGGUUUUCGAGGGGGAUAAUGCUAGGGGUUGGCUGGGGAGUUUGAAGCUGCUGAGUCUGGAGGUGCACAAUCACAUGGCAACCCCUGAGCAGGCGCAGCAUCUUGACAGCUUCCUGCAGGGCCAGGGGUAUUCAAAGUCGUUGCACGGGGAGUAUGAGGUCUGGGCGGUGCCUGAAUUGGAGCCCUACCUGCACUCGGAACAGAAGAUCAAACAGAACAAGAUGCUUGGCGGAAUUUGAGAGGUUGUCAGAUAAUUGCAAGUAAAGUCGGAAAAGAAUUUAUCCCUCACAAUUGGACUGCAAAUGCCUGACUACAGUCUGGAAAAAGAACACUUCCAAGGCACAUGUGCACUAUUGUCUUUCUCCUUGAUCGGUGGAAGGUUCUGUUUACGCU